GAUAUGGACACCAACAACCCUUCCCGCCGCCACUGCCAUCGGUCGCCGAUGCCGACGAUGCAGCCACCUCCGCCAUACCUCGCCCGAAGCAAGAGCGGAGCUCCGACCACCAGGUCGCUCCCCGAAACCCUUGCCCCUAGCCAAAGAUUCACCGCCAUCGUCCGCUCCAAUUCAACUUCUAAAUCAAGGGCCAGAUCGUCAAGUCACGACCGAGAUGACCACAUCGACAACAGUAACGGCAAUGUAAGUUCGGCCAUGCUAAAGAAACGCCAGCAGAGUAAUUCCUCCGGGCUGGUAGUACCAAGAAAGACACGGUCCACCCCACCUUCGCCCUCCACCUGGGCCCUAUCUCACGGUCGAAGUUCAUCAGGGGCGGGAUCAUUAGCGACGGAAGUUUCUUCCGGGUUCAAUGCGCCGAGGGCUAGUAAUAAGAAAUCGGAGAGCAAAAUCAAUGGAGGUGGUGGUAAUGGCGGUGCAGUUAGUAAGGUUUUGAAGUACUUCAAGCAAAAGAGGAAGGUGUCGCCUCUGCAAGAAGAGGAGAUUCACAAGUUACGCAUCUUGCAUAACUCAUUAUUGCAAUGGAGGUUCGCUAAUGCUCGUGCUCGAGCAGCCACGGAUAACGCAAAAAGAAACACCGAGGAGAAAUUGCUCCUGGUGUGGCUCAGGAUAUCAAAGAUGAGAUGGUCAGUGAUGGAAAAGAUUAUUGAAAUGCAAAGACUGAGACAUCAUAUAAGGUUGUACGAGAUCAUAAUCCCUCAGGUUCAUAUGCUGCAAGAACACUCAGCAAAGCUGGAGAGGAAACACGGUGAAGCGCUUGGCAGGUUGUCCAGAAAGCUGGUCGCUCUUUCCCACGUUCUUCCUCUCGAAAGCGCGAAGGCCGAUGAUAUGGUGUCCGUUGCUGGAGCUAUGAACACGGCAAUGGAAGCAUUGGACAAUAUGAACUCGAGAAAUCUCCAUUUUUUCUUGCAGGCUGAGGAAAUGUAUCACUUGAUAACAGAGCUUAUAAGCACCCUCGAUAGAGAAAGGCAGUGUCUUCAGGAACUUGAGAAGCAUAUACCCAUCUUCACUGCCUUGUUGGCAAGGGAGAAAAGCUUGAGAGCUCACAUCAUCCAAGCAGAAUCAACCAUACUUCAUAUCAGUCCUACCAUUGUUACAUACACGAAUCAGUCUUUGUCAAAUCUACAGCUAUGGCAGCAAAAAUUUCGCCGAGGGUAG